CACGUUCACUCCAACACCUUGAUUAAUCAAGUUGUAAAACUUCGUCCGGCAUCUGGAGUGAGUAUGAAUCGGCCAACAAAUAGCACCAAGACCUAUAGGGGGUAGAGUCGAUAAUUUGCGGGUGUCAUUCGGCGUUGACCUCCCUCUGACUCUGAGAUGGCAGGCAGCACAAACAUCAACCUUGAAGUUGUUUCCUGUUUCCAACCUUGAACACCAACAUUGUAUUCUCGUCCACCGCUGAGCCUUUCGCCCCAGAACACGGCGCAUUUUGGUCCUGCAUCACCAAUAUUCUGACUACCUCCAAGCUCAGCGGCUAUCCUAAGCUUUGUGGCCCAACUGUCAACCAAACAGCUUCUUGCUUGAUAUAUAUGCAACACUACUCAGCCGCAGUCCCCAAUAUCUCCCUCUCCACUAGAGCUUAUCGCUCAGCUUAUAGUGUGCUGCUGCGCUGAAUUGCAUCUUCGAAUACAGCAGCGAUGGGUGGUAAGGUAUUCGACUGUCUAGGGCUCCGAGUGCCUCGAAUGUCGCCAGAAGUCUACCAGCGAAUGAUUGCGGAAGUCUACCCAAAGCUCCAACAAUUCUUCGAAAAGGUCGUUGUUCCACGAGAUGCGCCCGGAAAAAUGGACCAUGGCGAUAUCGACUUCUUAGUGGGAGGCACUCGCCCUCAAGACGGGUAUCUGUGGAAGUUGGUACAAGGCGCCCUCGGGGCACAUCACCAUAAAAGCCAAGGGUCUCAUUCAUUCGCGCUUCCUCACCCAGAUAUAGAGGGCGCGCACGUGCAGGUCGACAUUGAGCUCUCUCUGGGUGAUGGCUUGCCUGGCUCCUGGGAGUGGUUCGAGUGGACAAAGCUGAUGAAAGGCGACGCCGAUCUCAUGCAAAUCAUUGGCAUCGCACAUCGACCACUGGGACUUACAUGCACCGACCAAGGUCUCCAUGUCCGCUUAGAGCAAAUAGAGCCUUACGAUAAGAAAGAGGCUAGGCUCUUCCUGACUCGGGAUCCAGAUAAAGCCCUGCGAUUCUAUGGCCUCGAUGUAGACAAAUACUUCCAAGGGUUCAGCAGCGAAACUGACCUGUUCAACUGGGUAGCUGGUGGACGAUUCUUCAGCCUGGAGGUCUUCGCGCAACGGGUCGAGAAAGCGGACGAUCGAACUAGAUCGGCAAAGCGACCCAUGUACCGGCACUUUGUCGAGGAAUAUAUGCCCAAUGUCGUCAAGAACAACGAAAGCAAGAUCUGGACACGGCAAGAAGUCCUACUGGAAAGCCUCAAGACGUUCAACGUGCAAGCUCAGUACGAUGAGAAGAUGGCCAAGCAUGAUCGGGAAGAAGCAGAGAAGAAGCUCUGGGAGGAAGUCAAGGCUACCAUACCCGCGACAGACAAACGCCUGAAGGCUGCUGUAAGGGCGCUGAGGCGCUGGGUCAGGUUCAAAAAUAGUAAGCCUGCGAAGCUCGAACAUCCACUGCUGCCGGAGCAAUAUCUUACAUGGUCAAAGUAUGUCGACCAGAGCAACAAGAGCGAUGUUUUAGAGUGGGUCGAGCGAAACUGGCAAGACUUGAAGAGUCGUGACAAGGCGUAUCAGAACACUGCGAAUGCCUCCUCAUCCGGCGGUGUCGCCGAAUGACAGUUUUAAAAGUCAAAUUGUGGCAAAAUAGGGUACUACACGGCGCUAUAGUAAUCUAAUGCGUCUGCGAGGAAAAAAACUUGAGCGCCAUUGCUGCGAGCAGAUGUUGGCAUCUGCUAAAAUUUGCAGAUGCCGAAUCCUCUCAGCUAUUGCACUGCGGGGUUUGUAGGAUAUCCACAUCGACCUAAGCGUAGCUUUCCGACGUCAGAAGUAGUGACGGGAACCAAACAAGCAAAGGCACAAUUGAUAGCAAUGGGGUGAAGCCUUAUCGUGUGCAGCUGAUGUAUGCUACAGAACUGCUGAUGAAUAUUUACAGAGAAUAUGGCAGACCGGCCAUGACACGGCGAUC